GGACUUCCGCGUUUGUGGGCGGAUCCUGGUGGGUGUUGAUUUGUCAGGAAUAAAGCGAAGAUCAACAUCAUAACAUUGCGAUUUUUGUUUCCGCAUAAUAAUCUAAAAAGCUCGUUGCGCUCGCGGUAAACCUGCAGACAUGCCGGGGAUCGAUAAACUACCGAUAGAGGAAACUCUGGAGGACAGCCCGCAGACUCGCUCUCUGCUCGGUGUGUUUGAGGAAGAUACUGCAGCCAUAUCCAGUUAUUUCAGUCAGCUCUUCAAAGCCAUGCAGAGAAUCUACGACGCCCAGAACGAGCUGAGCGCCGCCACACACCUGACGUCUAAAUUACUGAAAGACUACGAGAAACAGCGUUUUCCUCUGGGCGGUGAUGAUGAGGUCAUGAGCUCCACUUUGCAGCAGUUUGCCAAAGUCAUUGAUGAGCUCAGCUCGUGUCACGCCGUUCUCUCCACGCAGCUCGCGGAUGCCAUGAUGUUCCCCAUCACACAGUUUCAGGAGAGAGACCUGAGAGAAAUUGUCAUCCUGAAGGAAGUGUUUCAGUUUGCGAGUGACGACCACGACGCAGCCGUCAACAGAUACAGCCGUCUGUCUAAACGGAAGGAGAACGAGAAGGUGAAGAAUGAAGUGAUGGAGGACGUCUACACGUCCAGGAAAAAGCAGCACGAGACCAUAAUGCACUACCUCGCAUCGCUCAACAUGCUGCAGUACAAGAAGAAGAUCGCUCUGCUGGAGCCGCUGCUGGGAUACAUGCAGGCGCAGAUCAGUUUUUUCAAGCUGGGAUCCGAGAAUCUGACGCAGCAGUGGGAGGAGUUUCUCACCAACAUAGGAACCAGCGUUCAGAAUGUCCGCAGGGAAAUGGACAGCGACGCCGAAGCGACGGAGCAGACGAUUCAGGACCUGAAGGCAGCCAGCGACCCGCUCUACAUGCCCGACCCGGACCCCAGCAAAGUCCCCGUGAACCGCAACCUGACCCGCAAAGCCGGCUACCUCAACACGCGCAAUAAAACGGGGCUGGUGUCGUCCACCUGGGAGCGGCAGUACUUCUUCACGCAGGGAGGAAACCUCAUGAGCCAGUCGCGCGGAGACGUCGCCGGGGGCCUCGUUAUGGACAUCGAUAACUGCUCCGUCAUGGCGGUGGACUGCGAGGACCGCCGCUUCUGCUUUCAGAUCACGGCCUUUGAUGGCAAGAAGGCCGCCAUAUUACAGGCGGAGAGCAGGAAGGACUGCGAGGAGUGGAUAGCAACGAUAAACAACAUCUCUAAGAGGAUAUACCUCAGUGAAAACCCAGAGGAGAUCGCGGCGAGAGUGAAUCAGUCGGCUCUGGAGGCCGUGACGCCUUCGCCGUCUUUCCAACAACGCCACGAGAGUUUCAGACCGAGCACGCAAGGCCGACCCAAAGCGGGGCGUUCGGGCAGUCAGUGCUCGGCGGGCUCCGAGUCUCCGGCUCUGUCGUCCCUGUCUCUGGAUUCGCUGGUGGCCCCGGACACGCCCAUCCAGUUCGACAUCAUCUCACCGGUCAGCGAGGAGCACAGCGGUCAGGCUAAGAGCAGCUCUCAGGGCAGAAGGACCAACCCGUUUGGGGAAUCUGGAGGGUCGAAAUCUGAAGAAAGUGAAGACUCCAUUCUGCACCAGCUUUUCAUCGUUCGGUUCCUGGGCUCCAUGGAGGUGAAGGCCACGGAGAACGCGGACGUCAUCUAUGAGACCAUGAGACAGAUCCUGGCAGCCCGAGCCAUUCACAACAUCUUCAGGAUGACCGAGUCUCAUCUGCUCGUCACGUGUGAAUGCCUCAAGCUCAUUGACCCACAGACACAAGUCACAAGACUGCGGUUUCCUCUCUCCAGCGUGGUGCUGUGUGCGUCUCAUCAGGAGAACAAGCGCUUGUUUGGUUUUGUGCUGAAGACGGCCGGAGGACGAGUGGACGGGCGGCCCGUUACAGUCUGCUACGUCUUUGAGUCAAACAACGACGGAGAGAAGAUCUGUGACAGUGUAGGACUGGCGAAGCAGAUCGCCCUCCACUCUGAGAUGGACCGCAAAGCCACAAGGAAACAGAGAGAGCUGGACAAAGCCAAGGAGAAACAACAGGAGGAACUUCAUAAACAAAAACAGAUAGAGAAGGAUCUGGAAGAACAAAGUCGUUUGAUAGCCGCCUCGAGUCGACCCGGCCAACCAGCUGCCGACGGACAGUUCUUGGUCCUUAGCAACAGCCAAUCAGAGGACAGCGACGCCGGGGAGGAGGGGCAGAAAAAGGGCGAAUCGGAGGCCUGACGGAAAGCGUUCUCUUCUUUGGAUUCCACGGAUAUCUCUUUCUGUUCUUCGAGGGUUCUCCUGAGCGGCCCGCAGAAAACAACGCUGUAAUUCGCGACUGCAAAACAUGACAAAACAAAAAAAAAACGGACGCUUUGGGGGAGAACCUCUCCAAAGCUGUUAUUUGUGAGAAUCCUGUAUUUUUUACCAUAUCCGUUACUGAACUGCAUUUGCUUUUAGAGGGUUUUAUAUACGUGCGUGUGUGAACGAAGCGGAGGAAUAAUAACUGAUUUAAUGCUGUACGCUGGCCUUGUUCACGUUCUUAGGGCUGCGUGUGUUCUCGUUCGUAUCGCGUCCGACCGGGAACCUCGCGAAAUGCGUCAAGAACGUGAUUUAUUACAGAAAGCGAAUCUUAAUUGUCCUAAAACUGGCUUUUUUUUCAUGCAAAUUAAUUCUUUCUAAACUAAGGGGUGUUCUUGAUUUAUUUCUGCGAGGUUCAUCCCGCUGCAUUUCGAAACGAUUUAAUGAGCUUAUAUUUUCUUUGUAAUUAAUACAGUUCUGGUUUUUGUCUAUAAGCUGUUUAUCAAAAACACGCAUCUGUUUGUUUUACUGACGGUUUCAGUGUUUCUAUCUUAACACUAAGAAACAAAGUAUUUAAAAAUCAUGUGAUCCGAUGCCUUUAAGCUUAGGAUAUACUUAGAUUUUUGUUAUUUUUAUUUUAUUUUUUUAAGAUGUUCGGAGCCUGGCCCAAUGCAUUGAAACGCUUCAGUCUGUGGAUGAAAGGAAAAGUUGAUGGAUUUGCAAACUGAAAUAUGAAUGUGACACGGCGAAAGUUUCUUCGAGAAUCAAAAAGUGUCUCAUUCGCUGAUGAUGUGGUCUUUAUGGUUCAUAUUCUGAGACGCUUCCAUGGAGCUCGAAGCAUUUGCAGCAUUUUAAUUUGUAAAUGAUUAUUUCUAACCUUGUUUGUGUCUAAUGUCUUUAUACAAAAUCAGUUGAUGGAUUCGUGGGGUGCAAUGAAACAUGGUAUUAAAACUUCUUUCAAGUAA